AUGGAAUUGUCCGACGACGUUCAAGCGUCAUAUAUCAAAAUCAUCGAUUCUAUCUUAGCAACCAGUGACCUGAACACUAUCUCAGAAAAGCGCAUACGGAGAGGAUUGCAAGAUGCCGUGGACUACGAUAUCACCCCUCAAAAGGCGGCGAUCAAAGUCCUAAUCAUGCAGCGCUUCGAUAUCUUUGCGGAACAGAGUGAGAAGCAGGCAGAAUCAACUCCGGCGGUCAAUGGCCAUUCGUCGAAUGGGCAGCCCGACAUUCCCACAAUCGAGCCCAUCUCCCCCGCCCUGUCAACCUCCCCGCAAAAACGCACGCCAGAGCCGGAAAGCGUCUCGGAUUCCGGCGAUAAAUCCCCACCCAAGAAGAAGAGAAGGUCAAACCUGGUAGAUGCCGACGCGAUCUUUGCGGCCAAAUUGCAAGCGGAGGAGAACCUGCGCGCGCGCCCUACCAGGGGCGCUAAUUCGAGGAAGAUUGCACCUGUCAAGAAAAAGAAGCCGGCUACGAAAUCAAAGACAUCAAAGAAAGUGAAAGCGGAGGAUGAUUCAGAUCUAGAUGCGCAGGACUCGGAAUCCAAAAAGGAAGUAACGAGAACGGGUGGUUUUCAUCUUUCCCGACCCCAAGCCGUGAAGAAAGUGUGGCAAUAUAUCCGCGAAAACAACCUCCAAGAUCCCGCUGAUCGCCGGCAAAUCCGAUGCGACGAUCUCAUGCGAGCCGUCUUUAAACAGGACCGAAUACACAUGUUCACAAUGACCAAGAUACUCAACCACAACCUCUACAACCUUGACGAGUGAGGACAGAAUAUAGAGAAGAAAUUAUUCGAAAACUAACGUAGCCCCACGAACCAGAAGAAGAAAUUCCCUUUUUCUUUUAUCGGUAAUCCAUCAUCGCAAUCAUCAUCUUGAUCCGGCGUUUAAAUGACGGACAAGGGAGGGAUAUUUACACCGCGUAUUCUUGUUUCGUUUUCUUUUGUAAUCCGCCAUCGGAUUGCAAAUUGUGCUAUAAUGCCUGGAAGAUCUAAUAUCUUUUCAUCGUCUUUCCUUUUUUUUCCCUUUGUUUUCUUCGCUUCUCCAUUCUAGCAUUAAACAUCUAUCAUGCCAUAUUUUUGCUUGCGUCGCCCGCCGAACCUGAAACCCACAGAAGAAAAAUGCAAACCUCAGAACAGGUCAUCUCUCUCCCAUGAUAUUAUCACUCGAACCACUGAUUAUUUCCCAAUUCCCAAAGCCAGGGCGACCAAUCCAGCUAUUUUCAUGCAUGCUUCCCUCUCUCCAUUUACAUUUUCCUUUUAUCUUUAAAACAUUAUUAUCAUAUUUUCCAUAUUUUGCUCCAGCGGGUGGAGUUGGUUGGUGGGAUCCUCCCUUGUGUAUGUUUGUGCGUGCCAAAUUGAUAUGAAUCUGUUAAUUCACAUGUUACUUAUUCCGCGCGCCUUGAUAUAUAUUCGCGAUUAUCUUAUGCUUCGAUCCAAAUUUUGUCUUUUUUCUCCUUUCGUUCUUUUGGCUGCACUAUGUUCUCCCUUCGGAGAUUUCCAAUAUUGAGUUUUCUUGCUUC